UUUUGUUUGUUUGUUUUCUCCCCUCUCUUGCAGUCGUCGGUGCUUAAACUGUGAAACCAAAAGCGGAAGCGGUGCUCUAAAAAAAGGAAGGCGGCUGCUGUUUGAAAAUUUUACCUGGAAUUGUAGUAAAAAUCGCGUGAAAGCAUCCCCUGCCACCCUCACAAACACCGCACAGCGCCGCACUGCGCCGCAACGCGCAUCCCCCGCACACAUUAGCGGCGCAGCGCAUAGCAGCUGACGACCUUCGUGUUCGCAUUUAGUUCGCACCGGCCAGCAAGGGUCAACCAACAGCACUAUUGAUUGCCCUUCGCAUGUGUGGCGUCCAGCAGCUGAGCUCGCCGGUUGUGCCCAACUAAGCGGCACGAGCGACACUAACAAAAUCAGCAACAACGACGAGUAGCUAGCGAAUCGUUGCGUCACAUGCAACUCUUUCCACAUACUUUUGCACUUCCUCAAUAGCAAAUAGCAAUAACUAACACACUAUCCAUAGUGGAGCAAGAGCAAUCACAACAAAAACAACAACCAUAAGAUGUUCAAUUUCAUGAAAAAGGGCGUAUCCUCGGUGAGUGGUGGCAGCAGCGGCGGUGGCGACGAAGAGAAAGAGCGUCGCAAACGUGAGAAGAAAUUGCGUAAAGAGGCUAAAAAUGCAGGUCUGCUUUCGGGCAGCAUGAGCACUGAGGAGCUGCUGCGUCUAGACGAGGUACGCCGUUCGCUAAAAAUUCGCGGUCGUCGCAAAGAGAAAGAGAAAUUGCCUAGCGGCAUUACAGCUGAUUAUAGUGCGGAGUUUUUUGCCCAGCUGGAUAUCGACCGUGCGGCGUUGAGCGCCGAAGUUAGUGGCGAAGGUGAUAGCAUUUAUGAAUUGGAUCGCGGCAAUGAAGAAAUUGUCGCAUCUGUGACGACCACCAUUGAGAGUCGUUAUAAUGGCGCUGGUGCGGCUGCUGCAGGUGCUGGAGGAGCUGCUGCGGGUGUAUUACAUUCCUUGUUGUCGGCGACGGGGAGCACAGCGAGUGGGAACGGAAAGCAUCGUUCACUGCCUCCCGUACCGCCUAAACCUCCAAAACGUGGCAUACUGAAGGGCUCACGCAGCAACAUAUCCAACGUACACGAAGAGAUAACGAUCGCAUCGCCCGAGGCACAACUGCUUGUAAUGCGCAACACAAUGCAAAAUGAAUUGCCCUUCGAAGGUAGUCGCAGCAAUAGCAUUAGUGGUGCCGCUACCGGACGCAGUAGCAUGGGUGGUGUAGUCGGUGGCGCCGGUAGUGCAGGCGGCGUUAAUCCACACACCAGCGGCGGCACCGCCUUCACCUCCGUCGAGAGUCUGCGCAGCGACGAAGGUGGCAACGUGGGCAUACAACGCGCCAUGACCCUACCCACAACAGCGCGCUAUGCACCACAACUGCCCCAGCAUCAUAGUGGCAAUCUGCGUGUUAUGACCUCGCCAUCACCCAGCGCAGACAGUCUCACAGAUACGACAAAUUCUUCCUUUGCCACGCCACCAUUUUCGCUGAGUCCUAUUGGCGAAUCGCAAGGCAUCGAUCGGUGGUCGCGUGUACACGCAUUCGAGGAUGUGCAAUUGCCAUUGCCACCGAUUAAGUUGGUGCAACUGCCGCCGGCGCGUGAGCUCGUUAUUAGGCGCCAGAAGUCGCCACGCAAUGAUUUUGGGUUUAGUUUACGCAAAGCGAUUUGUUUGGAUCGCGCCGAAUCGCUGACCGCACCCACAUUCAAGCCGGUCAUAUUCGCUGAGCCGGGUGCGGGUGGUGGUGCGACUGGACUGCUGCCUGGCGAUCGUUUGCUCAAAGUGAACGGUACGCCGGUGAGUGAGUUGUCGCGUGAGGUGAUCAUCGAGAUGAUACGCAACAGCGGCGAUUCGGUUACUGUGGAGGUACAACCUGUUUCGGAGCUGGUGGAGCUGAGUAAGCGCUGCAUGCCGCCUCAAGGUAUAGGCGUUGCUGCUGCAGACGAUGAGGUGGAUCGCGCGGCGAGAAAUGCGAAUUGCAAUACGUUGAAGAGAAGCGCCAGCAAGCGUUUUAAGCAGCAGUUUGCGCCUGAUAGGAAUACUUGCGGUGGCUUCAAGUAA